GCACCGCAGAGGAACUGAUCCAGCGUGCGGUCCAGGUCUCGGCCUCGAUUCUCAGCGAGCGAGGGUCGGUUUCGACCGUCACCGGUUCAUUCCCUCACCGACACGUGUCCCUCGACGCGCACCAACACACCCCCCUCCCCCCGAGGGGGUACUGAAGAAAUGCGUGUAGUUUUCCUACGAGGUGAAAAUGAAGCAGAUUCGAACUUGAGGAAUAAAAAAGGAGGAAUGAAAAAAGCAAAAUCAAGAACAUUUUCAUUGCAAAUCUCUUUCUUAUCGUUGAUCCCUUCUAUUUUUCAGUUUUAUAUGUAAAUAAUUUUCAUUUGAUGUCUUGAAAAGAAAGGUAUCGGCAUCACAUCAGAAUCGCGCUGUUCAGGCUUUACAAAAUCAUGGCAACUGCAACUAUGGCCACGGCGGCUGGUGCAGCUGCUCUUUUGUACUACACAUUAAAUAGGAAAUUACAGUCUUCUUCAUCUCGGGAACAUGAUGGUGACGAUGUUAAUAAUGUGUCAAGUCACAGUCCUUUGGGAAUUGAUCGAGUAUCCCACAGACUUAUACAAGCACCUGCCACAUGGGUGGAUACAAUUUCAACGUUGUCGGAAACUCUUAGAUUUACUUAUUCCGAGACUUUAGGGAAAUGGCCCAUUGGGGAUUUGGCAUUUGGGAUCAGCUUUCUUUUAAAGAGGCAGGGUAACUUACAUGUUAGCGGUGUAUUUGGAGGUAAAGAUAGUUUACAACUCAAAGGAUCUGACAUAACUGCUGAGCUCAGAUACCUCUUGAACUUAUUGACCCUUUGUUGGCAUUUCUCCAAAAAGCCAUUUGCCUUAUUUUUAGAGGAGACUGGCUAUUCCAAAGAAAAUGUUCUCCUUCAAGAACCAAAAGCAGGAAUUUUGAAACCGGCUUUUACAAUUCUUGUUGAUCAUAAAACAAAUUGUUUCCUCUUAUUGAUUCGUGGAACUCAUAGUAUCAAGGAUACUUUGACAGCUGCAACAGGAGCAGUGGUACCAUUUCAUCACACAGUUGUUCAUGAGGGAGGAGUCAGCAAUUUAGUUUUAGGUUAUGCACAUUGUGGAAUGGUUGCUGCUGCACGAUGGAUUGCCAAACUCGCAACCCCAUGUCUCAUUAAAGCACUGCAUGAAUAUCCUGGCUAUAAAGUUCAGAUUGUUGGUCACUCUUUGGGUGGAGGCACUGCAGCACUUUUAACAUAUGUAUUGCGUGAGCAGAAGGAACUGUCGACAAUUACUUGUGUCACGUUUGCUCCAGCUGCUUGUAUGACAUGGGAAUUGGCGGAAUCAGGCAAUGAUUUUAUCACUUCUGUUAUAAAUGGAGCUGACUUAGUACCUACAUUUUCAGCUGCUUCAGUGGACGACUUGCGUGCUGAGGUUACAGCAUCUGCUUGGCUGAAUGAUCUGCGGAACCAAAUUGAGCAAACUAGAAUUCUUAGUACUGUUUAUCGUUCUGCUUCAGCUUUGGGUUCCCGUCUUCCAUCCAUGGCUAGUGCUAGAGCAAAAGUUGCAGGGGCUGGGGCAAUUUUGCGCCCAGUUUCCAAUGGUACACAGGUUGUGAUGAAGAGAGCCCAGAGCAUGGCCCAGGCAGCAUGGACACGCCCGGCUAUCCACUUGUCAUCAUGGUCAUGCAUGGGUCCCCGUCAUCGAGCCGCUGCUUCUCGUUCAAAUGCAAAAGAAGAGGAUCAAACCCAGGACCCUUCCUCCUCCAGAACGGAUACUUCUGAGCCUCUUUUUAUGCCCCCCAAUGAAACGACUACCACUUUUGAAGCCAUAGAAUUUCCUGUGUCUACAUCUGUAGGAGGGGAGUGGUCUUCAGAAAUUCACUGUUCUGAUGAAUUGAGAUCAGGUGUUGAUGUGGAUGCCAAUAUUGUUGAUGGUGAGAGUCUCCUGAAUCACAAUGAAGACCGCAUGACGGAGGUUGAGUUAUGGCAGCAAAUUGAGCAUGAGCUCUACAAUCAGAGGGAUGGGGAGGAAGCUGCCUUGGCAAAGGAAAUAAGAGAAGAAGAAGCGGCAGCCAUUGCAGAGGUUGCUGAGAGCCAGGUGGGGAACCCUAUGACAGAAAUGAAGGAGGCGCACAGAUUUUUCCCACCAGGGAAGAUUAUGCAUAUCAUUACCCUUCUUUGUGAAGGGGAAGAUGACAGCAGCAUAUCCUCUGGCGACACAGACGACGGCCAGCAGCAGGUAGAGAGUAAGGUUGGGAUUUUUCUCACGCCUAGGUCCCUUUAUAGUAAACUGAGGCUGUCACAGACAAUGAUCAGCGAUCACUUUAUGCCGGUAUAUAGAAGACAGAUGGAAAAAGUAGUUGAAGAGCUCGGAAAAGAAGCUUCUGGUGAUCAUACUGGUGAAGCAAAUGGGGAGGUACUGUUAUAGCAACAGAACUACAGUGGUAGUUUGUGAUUGUGAGGAACACCAAACUGGUGUUUACACGGCUUCCAACCUGAGUUUUAUGGCUGUAGCUGAAAGAGGAAAUUAACCAUGAUCGUGGAAGCCAUGGAAAUGCAAUGCUCAUCGCUGGAACUCCACAGAUUAUGUGCAGUGGUGGGAAAUGAUGGAAGGUGAAACAUGACACAUGUAUGUAUUCCUUUUUCAAAAUCUCCCUCCAUAAUUUAGUAUUUGGGUUCAUGUCAUAUCUUCAUUUAUUCUUUGGAAGAAUGGCUGAAUGGGUUCACGUUCCAUGCUUGCCAGUCCUGUUCGAUGUCACCGUGUUUAUUGCAUGUGAUGCAUCUGUUUCUUUGGUAAGCCAAUUUGACCGAUUCAACUAAUUUGAAAAAAGUGUUAUACGAGUGCGGCCCAUCAAAAGCUCUGAUUUUUUGGGCUACAAUUUGCAUUUGGUUUUUGCCUGUACACAGGAUUGAGAUGACCAACUGAUACUAUUCCAACUUAAAAUUUCCUCCCUGCCUUUUUGUUUUA